AUGUCUCUCCACCUUCCUCUCCUACGGAUCGCAUACCGAAAUCUAAGGACGCAACACUUCGCCCAAGCGCAGCCCUUAGACUGCCUCCGCACGAGUCCACACUCCUCCCACUUCGGCCUCCUUCAAGCACUCCUUACAGCUCACCGACUUCGUCCACCACGCACGUAUCUCGUUGGAUUCGGACAUGAGCUCACCCAUGCAGAAUGGACGCUCAUCGGGGAGACCUUACACCGUUUCUCUGCUCCCGAGCCAGUCGACGACAGUAAGGGAGUGAUUGUCAAGACGCUCGAAGAGAUGAGCUUCGACGAGAGUUGGGAGGCUUCCGGGGGAGGGGUGAGGAAACGGAUGAUGAACCGGCCAUGA